AUGGAUCCGUACACACCCAGGGCACGCGCUGGAACGAAGAAGAAGAACCUCACACUGUCUGCGAAGGAAUAUCACAAAGUAACGGACACGAUCGCGUCAGUGCGGCGCAACAGGCACUAUGUCGAGGAUGAACUGGUGGAGGACAUAAACAUACACGUCCGCGCAUCGCGUGAAAGACGCGACGAGGCCUCGUUCGAGGCGGAACGAUCCUUCGUGCGCGCACCGCUCAACUCACGGGUGGUGUCCAGCAAUGUGCACAGGGACAAGGGGAAAGGCAAGGCCAGGGACACGUCCCUGUACGACGUCCCUGUCGAAAUACAAGAAGCGCUUGUUCUGGAGGAUCUGCUCUACGUGCUCAUGGGAAUCGAGGGUACGCACAUUGCAUACCAUCCGGAUUACUCGCCGGACGAAGAAGACCCACUCAAUGGCCUAAGAUUCGUAGUGGCGCCUUCGCUAGACCCUUCGCUGCGUGAUUUGGUCGAGCGCAUACUACCAUUGGCCACUUAUUAUACUGCGAUCAGUGCAUUCAUUGAGUCUCGCAGCCACAUCGACUUUGGUCUAGUGAACCACGCGCUAUGCGCUUCGAUGCGAGAUAUGCUCAAAGACUAUCAAACCUUACUCUCCCAGCUAGAGCACGCCUUCAACAGCUCACCCCAGUUCACCCUACAGAAGCUAUGGUUCUAUGUGCACCCAACAUUGCACACCCUGUCACUCCUAUACCUUCUCAUCACCGACCUGGCCACGGCGGACGAUCCGACGGCAGAGCUCUCGUCGUCUUCUUCCGAUGGAUCCGACGCAGAAGAAGACGCGCGGAACGAGGCUUUGGGCCUAGGGGGCGCGAAGCUUAAAGCGGUCCUGUCGGAGAUCAAGACCACUGGUCUGGGAGUCAACGGUGGAGCGAGCGGCAUCGCGGUCAAAGGUGGCGAGGUCCUUGCUAUCUUGCACGACCGGAUGCAGAGUAUGUCAGGGGACCCAGCCGCUCGGGAGCUAUACGGCGCGCUGCUCCGAGAUGCUGGGAAACCGUAUGUCGAGAUGGUUCAGGCGUGGAUCCGGUCGGGCAAGCUCGUCGACCCAUACGAGGAGCUCCUUGUCAAGGAGAGCAAAUUCAUCAAUCGUGGGACGCUGGAGAUGGACUACACGGAUGAGUAUUGGGAACGUCGAUACACGUUAAGGGACGGGUCUACGACAGGUGGGUCGUCCAAGCAGCACCAGAUGGGCGUGCCUCCGCCUCGUUCAGCCGGCGGACGCCUGCCGGGCGGUGCGUGCAUCCCGGCAGUGCUUGAGAGGUGGAAGCACAAAAUUUUGCUGGCCGGGAAGUACCUCAAUGUGAUACGAGAGUGCGGCAUCGAGAUCCGCCGAGACCCAAGCCAGGAGGAUGACGAAGAUGUGUCUAUGGACGACGAAAGGUUCUACAAGUGCAUCGAAGACGCUUAUACCCACGCGAACCGCACCCUGCUCCAGCUUCUCCUGCGAGAUCAGCAGCUGAUCCCCCGCCUGCGUUCGUUGAAGCGAUACUUCUUCCUUUCACAAUCCUCGUUCCUUACGCACCUCUUGGACCUCUCGCAUAACGAGCUUCGCAAGUCCGCGAAGUCCGCGUCUCUCGUAAAACUUCAGAGCCUCCUGGACCUGGCGCUGAACACGGACGCUCAGGGCGAGGACGCCAUGUUCAGGGAAGACGUGAAGGUCACGAUGGCCGGAAGCGGGCUUUACGAGUGGCUCCUAACGGUUGUGAACGUGAGCGGCUUGGAAGAGGGAGACGCCGCUGAGGGGCACGCCCAAGCCCACGAGUCGCAGAAGCGGGAGCGGGAGAAGGAGAAAGAUGAUAAGAAACAGAUGCUGGCGAUUGACGCGCUAACAUUGGACUACCACGUCAAGUUCCCCUUGUCGCUGGUCAUUUCGCGCAAGACGAUAUUGCGUUAUCAGCUGAUCUUCCGAUUUCUCCUCCACCUCAAGCACGUCGAACAGUCGCUCUCCUCCAUGUGGAUCGAGCACAAGACCGCAGCUUGGCGCAGGCCCACCCGGCCUCGCGGUACCGGCCCUGACGCCGGUCGACAGACCCCGCAAGCUCCGCCACCGGCGCAGAAAGAUUGGCAUUCGGAGUUUGAGAACUGGCGCAAACGUGUCUUCUUGCUGCGGGCGCGCAUGCUCGCUUUUGUUCAACAAAUCCUCGCGUUCACGACCUUCGAGGUUCUUGAGCCUAAUUGGCGCAAGCUCGAGGGUAAGCUCGAGGCUGGAAAGGUUGAGACCGUCGACCAGCUACUCAGGGACCACGUCGAUUUCCUGGACACCUGCCUCAAGGAGUGCAUGCUGACUAGCUCGAAGCUGCUCAGGGCGUACUCGCGGCUGAUCGUCACCUGCUCAACGUUCGCGCUCUAUACGGCGUCUUUCACCAAGUCAGCGAGCAAUGCGAUAGCCGCCGCGGACACGCCGGACGGCGACCAUUCGAUGGCCAAGCGAUGGGACAUUCUGGGCAAGUUCGAGACGAACUUCAACCACUGGUACCAGGUCCACCUCGACUGUGUCCAGUUCUACGCUUCGAGCGAGAAUGUCUCGCUGCUGCCCCUCGUGGUAAGGCUUAACAGUAUCAAGUCUAUGCCCUGAAGGGGCUGCUAUUCCCAUGUGCCAGAAACUCAUUUGGUAUGAUUGCUGUCUGUUCGUCCCAUGCUCUGAUGAUGUUACCUGUAUCUUGUAUCGCCAUGAUGCUUUGCCUUGG